ACAUUAAAUGAAGUUAGUUGUGGACAGUUUGUUUUGAUAGCAGACAAAAGUAUUCUAUUUGGUUCUAUGCGAAAGCAAGUAUCUCAAUGGUUUGUGUGAACCAUCAUUAAUUACCGAUAUAAGAAGAGUUGUUAGUGAAAUCACGAACAAGUUUUAUUGUAUGAUCGGAGUUCGCUUUAAUAUCUCGCAACUUGGCCAUCUUUUGCUAUCGCUAUCGAAGUCGAACUUAGAAUUAUUCUUCUGUCCAGACUUUUAAACAUAUCCUAGCAGAGAUCCAUAGACAGAGCCAUGCCAGCUCCGCACUCCGGUCUGAAUGACAAACUAUCUGGAGUUAAGAUGUACCUGGACGUGCCUGGAUUCCAGUUCAACGAUAGCAUGGAUCCGAAUGCUCUCCAAGCAGUAGAAGAGGCACUCACCUGUUUCAAAGCGAUUGUCUUGUUCAAGAAUUACGAGAUCAAAGGAGAUGCUGACAGACUUCUGAUAUACCUCGUGCUAUACAUCCACAGAUGUCUGAUGGAGCUGGGUCAGACUAAACCGAGCAAAGACGCGGCUGCCAAACAGCUGGAGACGCUGGCCAUCCAGUGCACUGUCAUCCCAGGAGACUCCUCAUUCCCCCUGUCCGCCUUCUACAAGACUGGCUACCCUGGUGACUUCUCACAGUACAUGGAGAGACUUAGGAAGGAGACGAACAAGAGGCUGAUUGAGAAAGUGUACCUGGAGUCGCCCUCUGCUCCUAGCAAGUGGUGGCUCGCAUUCGCCAAGAGGAAGUUCAUGAACCAACAGUUGAAGAACUCACGCAUGUAGAUUACACAACAGAACAUUAUUGUAUUAUAUUCAGUUGCAAAAAAGUUUCGACUGAUGAGUAUAUUUGAACGAGCAAUUAACUGGUUCCGAAAAAUCCACUUUUUCACAUAAUCCAUUUUCACAUAAUCUAUUAUUGAGAAUUUCACAAA